AGCCCAGCAAUGUUGUUUCUGGGCCCAAGAAACGCAGAGGCCCACGAAAGAUAAGCGUAGGGACGUUCGAAUCUGGCCACAUCUGGGUGCUCUCCCUGAACACGACUAGAUUCUUCCGGUUGUCCUCCCUCGCCGCCGCCGCCGCGGCGAUGUCGGGCUUCUUCCGGCGCCUCGGGGCCAUCCCGUGGCGGAGCAUCGCGGGCGAGGCCUUCCACCGCACGUUCCUGGUGGCGCAGGCCUUCUGCGCCAUCCACGUCGUGGACCACCACCUCUGCUCGCUCGCCAUCGUGCGGGGCCCCAGCAUGCUGCCGGCGAUGAACCUGGCGGGGGACGUGGUGGCGGUGGACAGGGUGAGCGUGAGGCUCGGGCGCGUCGAGCCCGGGGACGUCGUGCUGAUGAUCUCCCCCGAGGACCCGCGCAAGGCGGUGGCCAAGCGCGUCGUCGGGAUGGGGGGCGACUCCGUCACCUACCUCGUCGAUCCCGGGAACAGCGACGCCACCAAGACCGUCGUGGUACCACAAGAUCAUGUUUGGGUGCAGGGCGAUAAUAUUUAUGCUUCUAGAGAUUCAAGGCAAUUUGGAGCGGUGCCUUAUGGUCUCAUUAGAGGGAAGAUCUUUUGCCGGGUAUGGCCACUGGAGGGUUUUGGUUCGAUUGAUUCAAAUCAGUCUCAAUAAAGAGAAGAUGUAUCCCUACUAUUGCACAUGUCAAGAGACUUGUAUGCAACUGCUUGGCCCUUGACUUCUGGAAGCUUUAAUCUAUCAUGGCACAGUUUUAUAGUGAAGCAGAGUGUAUCUUGAUAUCCCAUGUUUUGGUGUUUAAUGUGUAACAGUUUAAGUUCCCAUACAGAAACCCAAUCAGCACAUGUUCUGAUACAAAUUUUUGUGCAACUGUUUGGGUUGUAACUUUACCGUCAGUGAUUUUGGUGAGAACAGAACCUGAAUACCUGAUGGAUUCAUGUAAGUUGAGGUGUAUGAAUUUUGAGCAUAGCUGAGCUUAACAUGUCAUUGAACAGAAUUGUGAACUUGUCUUGGAGGAGACUAUUGAUUUGCGCAUUGAAAUCUUGCUUA